CGCCGUACUUGCACGACCGUUCACAAGGAAGCGGCUAGAUGAGCGUCUAACGUCUAUCCCACAACCACUACUGGCCGUGGCAACAGUUGUUUCACCAGUGCCUUUCCACAGUGAGAUGGCAACUUUCGCCUCUUUGAUAGUGCCUCCGAUAUGGUCUGCGCCGCCCACCACGUGCGCAUUAUUGCAAACCCCGAUGCCUGCCAUCUUUGCCCCGUUCAACAGUGCAUUAGGAUGGUUUGCCGGUUGUUUACCUCCGCUGCCUACAUGCAUGCCUUCGUACGUGCCUUCACGACCGUCAUGCAAUGAACCGUGCUUCUAUCCUGUUGCCCCUGUUCCUCCUGCUGUGCACCACGGGAGCGGUUUUACACGAUCCGCGGACGGCGGAGCACAUGCGACUUCGUGUGGCCCGAGCACAUCCGCAUGGCCAGAGAGGCGAGCACCUACAAUAAAUGACCCCGCAGUGUCUUCCCCGGUUUGCACAACAUAUCCAAUUGGUCCAGACGUUACCUAUGGUGUGGACAAUGUGCAAAUAAGCCGGGUGGUUUGCGAAAGUCCGAAGGUGACGCCGACACCGUCCAGGCGGCGUAGUCGAUCCAACACUCCAUCAAGGGAGCCACCACGGAUAAGAGUGCGGAAGGACCAGAAGGAAAAACUGCAGACUAUUGUGAACAAUAUCGCUAACGGUGGCACGUUUGAGAUGGCGAUUGAUCUGCUGUUCGAGUGGGGUCGGGAUGGCAUUGCGGACCACUUGUCUUCAGUGAGAGGGUCUGGACAGUCGUCUGCAAACAGGGGCAGGGGGGCAUCGAGGACGACCGCUUCAGGGCGCAACCCAGUUGGGAGACCUCGUGGAGGGGCUUUGAAAUGGCGCGAUGGGAAGCCCGGUUUCCAAGAUCAUGGACCGAUGUUACAUAGAUUGACCGUGAAAGACCACAUGGCCUUGUGGGACGCUAGAGCACGUCCAAAUGUUGUUUUCUUGGAGCCCGUGAAACUCCUUCAAAUUCUUGGGAUAUUCGAUAAGUCAUGUCCUGUGUAUGGUCGAGAAGUUGACGUGGAAAUUGAAAAGGUGAAGUACCCUUGUCAUAUUUGCACCAUCCACUUCCGAUGCAAGAAGGGUUGCACGUGGCAUUGGAAUUCUACUAAGGUCGGCGAAGGGGGUGUGAAGAGUUCCCGUGUCGAGACCCAAAUGUUUCAUUCCGCAAUUAGUUGCGGAAUGACAUGCACACAGCUUGACAACCUGGCGCGCGGUUUGGGGAUGCGUCAUAUGAGCGAGGACACAUUCUACAGGUUUUUCAGAGAUAGUGGGUCAGGAUUGCGGCAAUGGGGAAGGCAUGCGCGGCGCGUGGCAAAGAAAAGCUAUAACAGAGUGAUAUCUCGUUUGAAGUCCAGCAACGAGCCGGUCGUAUUGUUGUUGGACGGCCGAUACGACUCCUCUCGAGAUGCGCAAUAUUGCACGGUGACUACGAUGGAGCUCGAAUCACGACAAAUUUUUGGAAUGCAAACCCUUAGGAAAGACAAUGAUUCAUCAUGGCGUCUGGAAAAGAGGUGUGUUGAUAUGUUGUUGAGUCGUUUGGUGAACGAGAAAAAUCUCGUGAUUGCGGAGGUCGUGCAUGACGAUUGCACAACUGUGGAGGUCUUGCUUCGCGCAUUGGAUAUUGACUCUCAGAAGUGUUUGUGGCACAAAGCGAAGAGUUUGUUGAAACGGUUGAGAGAGGUGGUACGACGCACGAAGCUUGUGAAACCAAAGAUCGUGGACGACUGUGAGCACGUGCUUGAGAUUCGAAUGUUUACGAAGAAGGAACUCAGUGCAUGGCUCCCGCAACAAGGGAAACCUUUGGAAAUCGAUGUGGUGGAGGUUGAUGCGUUAGAGUCCUUUCAUCCAAAAUGUGGCGAGGAAGUGAAGGAGUGGUUUUAUGGUGCGUGCAAGUUACGUGCCUCGGAAGGCGAUGACGACGGCGAGGUACUCGCAAUCCAUGUGAAACAUCUGGACAACCAUUGGACGAGCGACCACUCGAUGUGCAACGACGAGCUUUCAGGACUAUGCAAAGCCGAUGGCGGGAAAGAGCGGUCUCCGCUCUACGAGAAAGGAGGUAGACUUCAUGUUGCUAUCAUGUAUUGCUUGCGGGAUUUCGCCUCUGCAACAAAAAUGUCUUUCUACACGCCACGUGCUGUUUGGGGCACUCCUCGGGUGGGUGAUUGGGCGAGGCGUAUAUUGCAGCAAGAGGACCUUGAUGACAUCAUUCUUGAUAUUAUGGAUGCGGAUGAUGGUGUCGGAUCUGCGACUGACGAUGAUGUCGCAACUUGUGUUAUCGCUCCAUCGGGCGGCGAUUCGUCAAGUGCGAAUUCCGACAGUGAAGACGUUUCGAGUGAUGGUGAUGCAAAUAUACUGCCCACGCGUCUCGACUUUGAAUACGACCCUGUUGAUGUGGACAUCGACGCUGGACACAAUGCAGCAGAGGCCGACAGCGACAACCCCUCACAAGACGUUUUUGUUGCGAGGAUGUGACCUUAGGGUUGCACGUACGACUCUCGAUUAAUAGGUUAUUCGGUGUCAUCUUUUAUACCACAAUUC